AUGAAAGGCCGAUUUAUCGUCAAUCCCUUUCAGGAACUUCAUUUGACAUCGAAUGACUGUACAUCUCUUGAAGACCUGGCGAACCAGUGCAUCUCGACCAACCUCGAGCUCUACACAAAGUUCACGUCGGGCACGAAACGAAGCGUGGACCCAAGCCACUGGAAGCCCCUCAAGGAGAAAGAAAGACUCAAAGUGUACUCGGAACGACCUUCAGGCGUAGCUGCUGCUGCGGCUUCUGGUAAUGAGCCGACGGGGUCGGGCCUCCCCAUGAUCCUGUGCGUCGGCACCAUGGAAGGCAAAUUAGACGAUCUUUUGUUCGGUGUCAUCAGCGAAGACCUCGAAACAAUGCGCUUGAAGGCUUCGUACGUGGCAGAUUUCAGUGGAGCCGCUGUGCUUGAUUCCGUGGUGCUACCGACUUUGGAAGACCCGUUUCAGUCGCUGGUGAUCAAGUGGAUGGAGCUUGACAUUCCUUUCAGCUCAACGAGUCUGGUCAAGAACCGUGACUACGUGUACCUUGAAGGCACAGGUUAUGUCACCAACUCGAGAGGUGAGCGUAUGGGUUAUCACCUCCUGCACUCGGUGAACUUUGCACAGACGCACGGAUUGCCAAACCGCGUUCGAGGCAAUCUCUCUAUCAUCGCCUUCUGGCGACAGAUCAGUGCCAACACGAUCGAAAUGUAUGCGACUGGCGUCAUGGAUCCAGCCGACGCAGGUAUCGUGCGCAAGCUCGUGGUUCCAAACAUGGCCAACGUGUUUCUUUCGUCGUUGAGGUAUGCCUACUGCGGGCAGAUGCGAAAGCUUUUGUUCAUGCUCGAGAAAGCCUACACGGACUCAAAAUUGCGCGGCACUCCCAACAGGAAGAGCAUCUGCGUCACGUGCUCGACGCCCAUCAGUGGUCGGAAAGUUGGGGACUUUGCCAAGAGCAACAGCACGUGCAAGAUUUGCUUUGGCUUUGUCUGCCAUGCAUGCAAAGUUGUCCGGAAGCUGAGUUUUGUGGAUCCGGAUCUACUUCUGUCACAGCGCAAGGUCACAUUCUGCACGUCGUGCAUCAGCUCAGUCACCAGCGUUAGCUCUGUGGACUGUGCUCGCGCGCAGAUGCUGAAGCACCACAAGGCGAGUCACUCUGGUACAGACCAAAUCUUGUCAUCGAAUGACAACAGUGGAGAAUUCUCCUACGCUAGUACACAGUAG